UGUCUGUUCAAGUAAAUUCGAGCACCAUCUAGAAGCAAUACGGUCAACUAAAUGUGUAUUGUGUGUUCCUUCUGUCUGACAAUUCGAUCCGUUCCACGCUGCGUUUUCGCGCUUUGAACGUGUGCGUGUUAGGCGAGACUGUGAUUGAGAAUGGAUUCUUCAUCGUUGAGCACCUUGCUUGAUAUACGUCAGAAGUGCGAAGAAAUCCGUUUGGAAGAGGACCGUGGGAAUCAGAGAUUGGAAGAUCUCCUUCACCAUGGCUCGAAGAUCGGAGUGCAGCUGGACAAUUUAAGGAAAUUUCUGACCACCCUCGACCAUGUAAAAUUAGAUGCUGACCAACUAUGUGGAAUGACGACUUUGACUUCUUCUUUAGCUGAGAGCGUAAGCGCUAAAGUUCGCCGGUUAGAUGUGAUGAAGAGUCAUAUCAGUGGAUGUCAGUCUCGUGUUGAUGAUCUUCUGGAUCUGCAAAAUUGUACUGAAGGUGUGCGAACGUCCUUGCAAAACGAAGACUUCGAAGAAGCCGCUGGGCACAUCCACCGCUUCUUAUCGCUGGAUGAAGCUGCCCUUACGUCGAAAGAAGACGAUUCCGGCCUUAGGGAUGCAUUCGCUAGCUUACAUGCGUCCAGAGCCCAUUUGAUGCAGGUCGUUUCUGCUCAGUUCGAUCUGGCUGUAUCUCAAGAUGAUGCAGCUUCAGUGGAAAGAUUUUUCAAAAUAUUUCCACUCCUCAAUAUGCAGGAGGAAGGCCUGCAGAAGUUUUCGAAGUGCUUACAACGGAAACUUCGGGAAGCAUGGACGAAAGCGCAACUUGCUGGAAAACAAGAACAUAAACGCGAAAACGUCAAGUUCGCGGAUCUUUUGACCAUUCUCUUGGAAGAAACCGCGAGGAUAAUCGAAGUUCAUCAGCCUCUCGUCGAAACUUAUUAUGGUCCCGGAAACUUGACUUAUGUUGUGGCUGAAUUACAAAAGGAAUGCGACUCACAUUUUCGGGAAGUUAUAGAAUCUUUUCGCCGAGGAAGAAAUUUCGAAAAUAUGAUCAGCAAUGCGAAAAUGUGGCUAGGAACUGAAAGUAAAAGCAAGCGCCGCGGUGGCUCAAUUUCAAAGUUGGAUGCAAAAGCAGUCGAUGCUUUGCUUGGGGAACUCGUCUUGAUUGGCGCUCGUAUUGCUCUUUACACGAAGUUCAUCACUAAACGCUGCACGACGGAUGCGGAAACAAUAGAAGGAUUGGAAGAAAAAUCGACAAUGCUUGGAAAAGUCGAGAAAGUUGUCAAGGGAAGCCAGGCUGUCCGUUGUUUGGAGGAACUUCUUGGAGAUUAUGCGAGCAUUGAAAACGAGCAACGUGGAUGCAUCCUGCGCCGUGAUGAAUAUUGGUUGCAGAAUUUUCCAACUGGUUAUCUCGACCUCAGUCAAGCUUACAAUGUUCUUCAAUCGUCCAUUCAGCAUGGAAAGCUCCAUGCAACUACGGAUACGGAGACCGCAAGACUUGCAUUUCUCUUGCAUUUAAAUCAUUCGGAGAUGAGCGUAGAUUAUGCAAAAACUAUGAGGAAGAAAUUGAUGCAGGAAGUUGAUCAUCCCGAGCAAGGCUGGGAUCUAUCGACGAAAGAUCGGGUGAAACUGGAUAACAGCAUUGGGCAAAUACAAGCGUUGGAGGAUCAAUUUAGGCAAGUGAAUCGCUUAUGAUUUCUCUCUAUUUCCUGAAUGUUCAGUACGAGCCUACUUUUCGAUGUUCUGACGCAGUAUGUUGAGAGAAGUAUGAAAAUUUUCAAAGACCUGUUGAUGAGCAUACUUUUGUGAUGCGAUGACUUUUCGUCCAGAUCAUUGAUGGACCUCGGGAUGGAUCAAGUUAAAGCGGCAGUGGUUCAACCCAGAGUACGUCCUUGGGUUGAAGGAUUUAUUGGAACAAAUUACAAUAUCAGCGAUGAUGAAUUCAGUGAUUACGAAGCCAACGACCCUUUUGUGCAUGAGUUCAUCGCAAAUUUGGAUGCUCUUCUAAUGUCGUUCAAGAACUCAUUGACGCCAGGAAAUUAUGACAUUCUUGUCGUCAUGCUCACUGGAGAAGUGACAACCCAGUUGGAAAAGGCUGUGAUGAAGAAAACGUUCAAUCGAUUGGGUGGUCUUCGGCUUGACAAGGAAAUCCGUGCGUUAGUGGCGUAUCUUAGUUCAAUGUGCACUUGGGGAGUCCGGGAGAAGUUCAGUCGAUUGACACAGAUUUCAACGUUGUUGAAUAUGGAGCGCUUGACGGAAGUUUCUGAAUUUUGGACCAGCAGACCGGAUUCGGUAGUGAGGCUCAUGUCGCCGUCACAAGUGAAGCUGGUUCUGGAAUUACGGGACGAAUUCAAACCAGAAGAGGUCCGGAAGUUGGUGCUGUAAAGCGACGGUUUCUCACCAUUUGUGUCUGCUCCGAAAAGCGAAUUCAGUAAAGGCCCUUCAUCGCACGUGAAUAACGGGGAUUUUUAGCACAGUGUUGGGUUGUUAUUUUACGGAUUAUCCGAUCUCACCGUCGGAAAAGUGAUGGCCGUUAUUGAAAAAUUCUUCGUGGUGUCUUUGGAAACUUGCAUUGUUGGUUUUGGAAGAAUUAUUUUGUGAAAUGAAGCCACGGUUGAUGAGCUGGCA